CUGGGAAUUGGGUCUAAAAAAAAAACGGCCCCACACCAGAACCCAGACAAGCACCGUUCUGGUGACCACCAAACCCAUACUGGUCUAUCAGAUCUCCAGAUGGAGAAGCAUGAUUCGCCCUCCCAUUGAACGCUCCUCUACGACUCUAGAGUCCAAUGGCGUCGUGCUUUCCAGUGCUGCGUCCAACGCUUUGCACUUUUAGUGAUGUCUGGCUUGGAUGCAGCUGCCGGGCGAUUGGAAACCCAACCCAAUGAAAACUCUCUGUUCUGGAUCGGAUCUGAAGGCCACACGAAGGUUGGAGAUCUGUAGCGAUUGACUGCAAGACGUUGGCGACCUCUGCUGGCCACCAAGCCAACCACGUUCUUUCACACUUUUGUAGAAACAGUCUGGAUGCCCGGUGCUGGAUUUUAGUCCGCUGAGGGGAUCGGAGCACCCGAUCCCCAUAAUUUGGAAGAAUGAGUGAAUACCUUUGGUAACACUGUGAAUGUAUAUAUAGAUAAUCCGCUAAGUAAAACACGCAAACAAAAGUUAGCAGGGACCAGGAUAUUUACUACCUUCCGUCCGUAGUGUGUCUUCAGGUGACUGAUUGGACCACUCUGGGGUAAAAACAGUUUUUGAGUCUGGAUUUGGUUUUUUUAAAGCCCGGAACUGUUUAUUAGAUGAGUUUGGAGAAAAUAGACCGUGUCUGGGGUGGAGCUGAGUCUGUUUUAGUGGUACUUUUGGAAGUUGGUACACUUCUAAUUUGCACUUUUUGUUUUUACCUUUUAAUUUUCAAACCCAUACCUUUAAACUGCAGGACAGUACCCUGUAAGUUUCAAAAUGUAACCUGUACAUAAAAAAAAAAAAAAAGUUUUAAGAAAGGACCCCAGAAAUAAAAAAUUUACCUCUAAGUUCCUGAAAAAGUAAGCUGCAAAUGCUGGAAAAGUUAUCUGUAAGCUCAGAAAAACAGCAUGUAGGUUCUGGAAAGAACCCAGAAACUUACCUGUUCAGUAGUACCACCUUUAGGUUCUGAUAAAGUGACAUAGGGUCUAAAAAAUAAGCUGUAAAUAAUUAAAAAAAAACUUCAAGUCUAAACUGCAAGCAGUUUAGACUUUUACCUUCAGGGCGGUAGAGUCAGACUGUCUCUGAUGAGACUUCAGGUUAGUUAUCAGGCGUAUUUGAACUCAUUAAACCGUGUCUUCCUCUUUUGGUAAACUUGUCUUUAAGUGUUUAGGAAAUACUCCCAAUUUCCCAAUUUCUACUGAAAAUGUCCUAAUAAAGAGCAAAGUAGAAGCGUUUGUGUGCACAAAAUUGGUAAUUAAAGCUAAUCCUGACUCCCACAUAAAUAAUGCUCUUUCUACAAGAAAUGUAAAUUUAUGCAGCUUUUACCAAUUUUUAUCAAUUUCACAAGUUCUUGUUUUUUUUUAUACUUUCUUUACAUCACAUCAGUUUACAACUAAAGCGUUAUGUAUACAGUAAUAUAUCUCUUCAGAGCAGCUGAUGAACUUUGAUUAACCCGCUUCUUAGUUACAGACAACCUAACUCCCCACAUGGAGUCACACUGAGAUGUUUGCUUUUUCCUGCAGCUGCUGCAGAACAAUUGAAAUGUUAUUCAGUUGUUUUCCUGCAGAUUAGAUGAACAAACAGAAGCGUCCAGUAUGCAUUUAAAUGGUUGCAACGACUGGUUUGCUGCGUUUAUUUGAGCAGCUUCACGGUUCGUAAAGGUUUACUCAGUUUGAAAGAGAGGCUGAGAGCCAUGGCAGCUCUAUGGAUUCUUACUUUUAUGGUGUUAUCUGCAGGUGUUUGCAGCGGUCAGUCUUCAUAUUGCUCAUAUCAUGGUCUGCUGGAGCAUUUGAAGCUGGCUACGUCUGAUACGACUCUUGAAAUAAUGCGACCAGUGAAGAACUGGACCACCACCACUGUAGUGGACCUGGCGAUGUUGCUGUACGGCAUUUUAGGGGUUGAUGAGAAGUCUCAAACUGUCACAGGUCACAUCUUGUUCACGAUGGCUUGGACAAAUGAGUUCCUGAACUGGGAUUCCUCCGACUUCUGUGGGAUAAACGAGUUGUCUGUUCCACGGUCAAAGCUCUGGAUCCCAAAUAUAGUCAUUCAACAGGAUGCCUCUGAUAGCAGCAGCCUCUAUGAAGAUCCUUGGGUCCUCCUGCAUCCCAACGGUUCAAUGAUUUCGUUCGCUCGCCAGAAACUUACCUUCACCUGUAGCUUCAACCUUUACAAGUUCCCCUUCGACGUGCAACGUUGCAACAUCACGUUUGUCUCCAUGGGCGCUGAUGUGAACACCUUGGUUCUGAGAUCAGCCGAAGACAACCUGACCCUGAUGGCCCUGUCUGAACAGUAUAUGGUCACCCAAGGAGAAUGGGCUCUGAGAGACAUGGAAUAUGUCCAUGAUCUUCUCUCCAACGGACAGAGAUAUCACAGCGCACUUGUUUACAUUGUGACACUCGAGAGGAAGCCUUUUCUUUAUGUCGUAAACUUCAUUAUUCCUCUGGUGUAUUUACUGGUCCUGGAUCUGGCUUCGUUUUUUAUUUCUGUGGAUUCGGGGGAAAAGUUUGGCUUUAAAGUGACAGUGCUCCUGUCCAUCUCCGUCUUACUGCUGAUUCUUAAGGACAUUUUGCCCUCAACAGAAGUGGACCUGCCGAUUAUUGCCAACCUCUGCGUUGCAGUGUUUACUUUGGUGUGGCUCAGUGUGCUUGAAUCCAUGCUGGUGAGCUUCCUGUUUAAUCUGGAUCAGUGUUGUGAUAAAGAAAGUAAGAACUGCACAGAGGUCAAAAUCAAUAAGAAGAAGGUAACCAGGGGUCACAAAGAGCCCGACGAAGAGAACGAGAAAGUUAAACCAGAGCAAAGUUUCUUCCCUCUGGGUCAACUAGGCGAUGUUGAUCUGUUGAAGCUGAUUCUGGAUGAGGUGAAAGCAGCUCGACAGGAAGCAGGAAGUCAGAGGAAGUCUGGAUGCUACAGAAGAGUGGCUACAAUCAUUGACAAUUUCUUCUUUGUUGGAUACCUCUUGACUUUUGUCGCUUUUGUGAUAUAUAUAUGUGUUGGAUGGAUUGAAUUUUAAAUCUUUAUUUGGUUUUCUGCUUAUAAUCAGAAAGGCUUCUAAAUUUCACUUCAGUUUGUUCAUUAAAAAUAUGCAUGAAUGGAAAGUUAUUUUUACGUUAGUUUUUUGUUGUAGUCUUGAAAUAAACCUGUUUUCUUGCCUUUACCCCUGCCACUAAAAAUGUAUACAUAUAAAU